CACCGCCACCGCUGUGCGCGUCAGAGAAGAAUCGGCGGUUUGAGCUGUCAGUAAUUACAGAACGAUGAAUCAUAACGCCUAAAUAAUCAGAGAAGAGGAUUUCCCUUCCUUUCUUACAGCAGGAAUGAGAAGGCAGACGGCUGCGGAUUGUUAAAGGCGCUGGGUGCUGGUUGUUUUGGUUCGCUGAGGCCGUGUGUUUCAGUGCCGCAAUGAUCCGGUUGGCUCUGCUCCGCUCGCUCGUGUCCCGCCACACCGGACCGGCUGUGCUGCACCGGAGGCCUCUCGGUACACACCGGCGCAGGAUCAAACCAGAGCAGCUGGAGCUUCCCAACCAGGCGCGGGAGUUCGUGUACGGCCUGAGCCCGGCGAACCGGAGCUGCUUACUGAAGGAGCUGCAGGACUUCCAGUCCCAGACCCAAGGCUCAGAGGACUCGUCUCCCCCGACCUCAGCUCAGCUCAGAUACAUUCUCCUGCACAACGCCAUUCCCUUCAUCGGCUUCGGCUUCCUGGAUAACGCCAUCAUGAUCGCCGCCGGCACUCAGAUUGAACUGUCCAUCGGAUUGACACUGGGAAUAUCCACCAUGGCAGCGGCGGCUCUGGGGAACCUGGUGUCUGAUCUGGCUGGACUCGGUUUAGCAGGUUACGUGGAGGCUCUUGCUGCACGCUUCGGGAUGCAGAUUCCUGAUCUCACUCCCAAACAAGUGGAUAUGUGGCAGACCAGAGUCACCUCACACAUGGGUAAAGCCAUCGGCGUCGCUAUCGGGUGCAUUCUGGGAAUGUUUCCGUUGCUCUUCUUAAGCGAUGAUGAGGAGGAGAAGAAGGAGAAGAAGAUGAAGAACCAUCCAAACCCCAAAUGACAGGCUUUUCUAUCUGCAUUACAUCAUUUAUAUCGGCUAGGUGAAGAAAAACAAGCAAAAGAGCAAAAGUUCAUCCAGUAAACAUCAUCAGAGUAACAAAACGAUCAUUACACGAGUAGAGCGUAGCUAUUAGAGUUAGUCGUAGUUCAGACUUUAAUCUAGAGAUGAAGACUAGAUGUUUUAAUGAGCAUGAGUUGAGUUUCUCUUUAUCACUAACACGUUUUUAAAGGCCUGUUCACGGCACGAACCAUAACUCUAACCAUACAACACUCACAUUUAACACUUGAUAACAACAGGAAGAUGCUGUUAAUGCUGUUCAUCUGUUAUGAGUCUAAUCCAGCAGCAGCAGCUCGACUGAAGUCUGUUCAUCUAGAGGAUUACUGAAGAUCCAUCAGUCUUGUUCUAGUUCUGAUUCGUGUAGUGAACAAGCCUCUCUAUCUUUCUGUUGUUUGCACUAAUAUCUUGACUGGUUUCCUGUUCCUGUAGAUUUAGCAGCAUGUUUUUGUGUGGAAGCGUUUAGUGAAGAAUGAAGUUUUAGUUUAGUUUGAAGAGACCGUCGUCCAGGAUUAACUGAAACUCACCGGAGAUGAAUAUUCUCACACCGUCUUCUGCUGUGAGUUAAUCUUGGACGCUGUUAUACUCACAUUAUUAUCAAUAUGAUUUCAACUGGAAUUAGAUUUAUGCUGAACAGCACAAGCCUUUUAACACUGGGUCAUGAGUACGAGACGUUCCCAUCAUGCAUCUGAGACGUGGACAUCAGAUGAAGCGCAGCCCUCGUGCAUCAUGGGUUUCCUCAGAAAUCAUCACAGUUCACUUGUGUUUUAAUCACUUCUGCGUCCGGUUCAUGUGGCUCUUAAAAUGCUUAAAAAUGAACUUUUUCAUUAGUUAAGGCCAGAGAGCGGAAAGUCUUAAAUGCGUACGUUCAUGGGUUUAAAUGUUGCAUGCAUUGCAUGUCUUGUUUUCAAGUACAAAUAUCAAGAAAAAACGUUUACUGGAGACACUAAAUGGGAAUUAAGUCCUGUUUCCUUUGAAAUCAAACAAAAUUACGUUAUUCCCUUUGAUUAAUUGAUUUUUUCUGAGCAUUGGCAGAUAUUUGUUCUUGCUUUGACUUAAUUUCGUUCAGUUUCUCGUCGAAUCUUUAGACAUUUGCUCUGCUUCAAGACAGAAGUACUGAGGAAGAGCAGCGGUUUAUUGCAAAUGUUUAGUUACACUCUUCUUUUAAAGAAUGAAAAGUAAUGGAGAUCUGUUAAAAGUUGUAUUUUCAAACUUUGAAGUGUUAUUCAUUUUAAAUUUAGAAACGUUAUUAAUAUUUUAUGUUACAUUAAGUUUAUCACUUCACUUUUUCUUAUUUACCUUCAUAAAAUCAUCAGAAAGCCUGUGCUUGCUCAUGUGCAUUACUCAAAUUAAACAUAUUUAUUUUUCUUUCCAUUGUGCCAAGUUAUAAUAACUCCAAUCCAAGUCAUAGAGCGUGAAUGGGUGAUAGGGUCAGGUAAGAAUAAAAAUAAAUACAUUUAAAAAAUAAAAUUCAUUAUUUAAAAAAAAAUAUAUUCACUUAAAAUAAAACUAAACACUAAAAAAAUAAAACUAAACACUAAAACUAUAUAUAUAUAUAUAUAUAUAUAUAUAUAAUAUGACUAUGCACAACAUAUUUUCACUAAAAUGUAACAAAGUUAUUAAAGCUAUUUCAACAAAAAAAAAGCACAACAAAGUCACUAAAAAUUCAACUGAAAAUGAGGCAGUGUGUAAACGUGAUCAUCGUAUUUAUUUUUAACUCUAUGAAAGACCUUCAGUACGUUGUAACAGCGGUGCGUGUGAAUGUUAGUAAUGCUCUCCGUCCUGAAGGAAACCCAUGAUUCCUGCGGGUUCAGAGGUCGACUCAUGAGUGCCUCCCUGUAGCUCUGUAGCAGAUGAUUCCUGGUGUGCUCUAAUCACAUUCAUGCACCGUAGCAUGCCAGAGUUCGGGAACCCGUUGCAGAAUCUGUGAAAAUGUGAAUCAUUUUAACUAAAUAAGAGAGAUCAUACAAACUGCAUGUUAUUUUUUAUUUGGUACCAUCCUGAGUAAGAUAUUUGACUUAAAGAUGUUUAUACAUAGUCCAAAAAAAAUAGCCUUAUUUAUUAAAAUAAGCCCAUUCAAACACUCAAACAAAACUAUUAGAGAUGGUUCAAACAUUCACUGAUGCUCCAGAAGGAAACAACACAUUAAGAGCUGGGGUGUGAAAACUUUUGAACAGGAUGAAGACGUCCAAAUUUUUCUUAUUUUGUUGAAAUAUCUCUACUUGUUUUUUUUUCACUUAGUACUGCCCUUCGGAAGCAACAGAAGAUACUUGCAACAAAUGAAGUGCAGUUUACCUUGAUCUUCAAAUUCCAAAAGUUUUCACGCCCCGGCUCUCAAUGUGUCGUGUUUCCUUCUGGAGCAUCAGUGAAUGUUUCAAUCUUCUGUAAUAGUUGUGUUUGAUUCCCUUGGUUGUCCUCCGUGUGAAAAGAUGCAUCUCAGUAACAUACAGUCACUUCUGGAAAGGGUUCAAAUAUGCAGAAGAUGUUGGAAAACUGAAUAAUCUGCAAGAGCUGGAGGAUGUUUCUGAAGAACGCUGCUCAGUUUAACUGUUCAGAACAAACACGGGACUCAUGCACAACCAUCACAAAACAGAAAGACAGUCGAGGAUCAUCAGGUGACAGCACACAGUACUAAGAACCAAGGGGUCACAAACUUUUGAAUGGGCUUAUUUUAAUAAUUCCGGCUAUUUUACUAUAUGUAAACGUCUUUUAUAUAAAAAAAAAUAUUACUCAUGCUAGUGCUAAAUAAAACAUAACAUGCAUUUUGCAUGAAUCUCUCUUAUCUCUAGAUUCUGCAAGGGGUUCCCAAACUUUGGCAUGCCACUGAACAGAUCUAUCUCAUGUGGAUUUGCUGUUAUUGGGUGUUUGAACAGAAAUACCUCUGUAGUGAUGUUUUAGUGUUUUAAUGAUCAAACAAUUCUGGAAUCUGCCCGAAACAUGUGUUGCUAAUUUGAGUGUAUACUUAUUAAUGGACACUAUGCAUUCUAAUAAAUAUUCAUGUAUAUAUAAUUAUUGCACAGCUGUCUCUGGGUAGUGGACAUGUAGUCUAUUUUACAGUAUUUAGCAAAUUCUAUGAUUAUUUUUGUGAGACUACCUGGAAUAUUUGUACUUUUAUAACCUCAUUUGUCACUCCGCAGAACUAGCACACAGAGUAUAGCUUUUGUUCAAAACUAUUGAUCAGUGUUCGUUUGUGAAUGUGCUUUUUGUGAAAAUGGAGGUCUUAAUGUCACGUUGUGUUGCUUUAAUUUGAAUGAUUUGGUUUCAGUUAUUAGAUCCAGAUUCUGUUUAUAUUGGGUAUUUCACAAGAGAGUUGUUCAAGUGAGUAAUAGGUAACACUUCACAAUAACAUUAACAUGAACUAAGAAAGGAAAUACGUCUAAAGCAUUUAAUAAUCUCAGCGAAUAUCAACAGAAACAACUUAUUGAAUUUAAUGAUGUAUUAGCAGAUGUUUAAAUGAACAUUAUUUAGCUAAAUGAAUAGUAAAAAUGAACAUCAAUAAAAGUAUCAAUCAUUGUUAGUUAAUUUUAUGCAUUAACUAAUUGGUGCUUAUUGUAAAGUGUUACCGAAUUAUGAAGGAAAUAAACAUCCCCUGAACUUUUCACGCUGCAAUGGAUUUGAAUAAAAUGCCUUUAUUGACAAUAUAAAACAA